AGAGAACCUCUGCUUGAACUCGAAGUUUAUCUUCUCCUUCAGCGAUACCUCCUUCAUCUUUCACCAGCGUAGAGGUUGCUUCUGUAUGUUUACGAGUGGUCGUGUUGAUAUUGUCCUGAAUACUGAAUACCAUCAUCACUCGCUUGCAGAACUUCCAGAACUUCUUACGGAGUUGCAGGGACAAACAAGUACUUGCCGCUGACAGUGUCAGCCACCGACUGGAGAUUUUCGUCUCUGUGAAGAUUUGUCGAAAUCUACCAAGAUUUUAUGGUAAAUCCUUUGGCCUCACCAAACAGAUCACCCACCGUGAAGAAGACUUACUUAGGGCGUCAGAGGCAGAAACGAAGGGAAUCUGUAUCACGAGAGUCCGAUAGCGAUAAUAUGGCCGAAUCCGAUACAACGCGAUCUACACCAAUGCCAACUAUUACUCCUGCGAAGAAGCAUGCCCCCAAAACUCGUGGAAAGGCCAUCGCAUCCUCUAGCCCGCCACCUCCUCCAAGUUCGCCUGUUGCGAGCAUGAAACCACCUUCUACGGUUAAUGUCAAGUCCUCCAUGAAGGCCCCCAGCAAAGUCAGCCAUUCUCGUGGUGCCUCUGUAGCUUCGGAUGGUGGAUCUCUUGAAGGUUCAUCAGUCUUGCCAACUUGGUCCGUGGGGAAAUCGGGCACUACGAGGGCAAGGAAGUCCGAGGAGGAAAGGAUGCAAUUCUUCAAGGACGACCCGCUUUGCAAGGACGUCGAGCCUCAUCGUGCUUUGUGUGCCCGAUGUGAUACAUGGGUGGAGCUCAAUCCCAAGAGGAGGUAUAUCAUGAAAGAUUGGAUCACGCACCGGAAAGCUUGUCGGAGGGAAAGCGAAGAGGAGCAUAUCCCUCCUGCAGCUAUCGGCCAAGAAGAGGAGAAUGAGGAAGAGGAGGACGACGGUGGAUCAGUGGCGGCUUCCACAGUACCCAGUACCCCGGCCCCUGGUGAGAAGCCUCGUCGUCAAGUGAGAACCGAAGCAGAGAGACAAGCACUGUUGGAAGCGGACCCUCGUAUAGGCGAAGUCAAACCUCAUGAAGUGUUCUGCAAGCAAUGCGGGAGAUGGAUUAGGUUGAACCCGACACAGAAGUUCACGGUCGGUAACUGGAACAAUCAUGCAAAGCGCUGCUCAAUUAAGAAGACCGGAGUGAGCCACGUUAAUGGUGACGAAACGACCGUCGAUAAACCUGAGGUUCCGCCCACAAAACCUGGACCACCCUCCGGAGCUUUGACAACUCCCCCAGCCCCAUCCACAGGUCCUCCCACGGCCGUCCCAUCCUCAACAGAAACACCCUCACGCAAGCGGCCGAGAGAAGAUGAAACGGAUGAGGAAGAUGCAAGCCGGACACAGGUCGAGGCUCGCUUGGUCAAGGCGAGGACUGAGAACUAUAAACCGGCUGAAGGACUUUGGAGAACGAUGACAAACACAUUCAGGAGUUUCAUUGAUGGGCUCUGGCAUGGCUUAACAGCAGACGAAACGUCGCCAGUGAACGAUGAGCCAUCUACCUCGGCUUAAUCUCUCUGUUCAAUAUAUGUUCAAUGUAGUCUUUCUCUUCUUUUUGAUUUAUUCCGUCCUAUUUUCUUGUCUGGAGUAAUAUCUUCUUGCUUCGUUAUGUUCGAUAUCCAUAAUCCCGGUGCUCUCUAUUAUCCCUCUUUAUAUAACAUAUGUCCAUAUCUCCGUCUUCUUGUCUUUAUUUUCUCGUUGUUUAUUUCUUGUCCCAGUUCGUUGCCGUAGUACUGUGAUAUGACAUGUCCAGUGUGUUUCCUCCGUUCUUACGGCAGUUACAUUCUGUCACUAGAUGACGGAAUUUAACAGUAAUCGGUCGAUCAGUCAUGAUCGAAGGCAACUUUCUUUAAUUCUAGGCUCGUCUGUUC